AGUGGACACAGUUUCGGAUCCGAUUUCUGGAUCCGUUCCGGAGUUCACCGUACCUCCGCGGCGGAUGCGUUUCGUAGUCCGUUUGCUGUCUGGGUUAUCACCACUUGAUAAGCGCAUGCGCACACACAGCAAUUCCCAUCCCCCACCCCUGAUCAAAUUAAAAUUCGCGUAGCACUAGAAUCUUUGCUGAGUUUGCUACUUUUCAACUGCGGUCACCAGUGACUUCAACCGUCACUUUUCUGUCAUGCCUCUGACUGAAUGUGUAAGCUGUACAAACUCUGCCGUCAUCAUAUCCCAGGUAAGAAUUACAGUACUUUUGUAUGCCAAUUGAAAACUUUGAAAAAAAGAUAUUGUUUUCAUAAUGGAAUGUUAAUCAAAGCCGUUAGUCAUGUUUAGAAUUAGCUAGUGAGCUAACGCUAGCGAUGUUAGCUGUUAAUGUUAACUUUUCCAGUAGCAGACUAACUUCACUAUUAUGUAGAAUAUCUGUUUGUUUGCCUGUUUGUUAGUUUUAGAAUGAAAUAUCAGGCGCAAGUAAGUUAGCUAUACAUUUAAAGUAACGUUAGCUACAUUUAAAGUGGCUGUUACCAUGCAGGCUAGCAGACACAGAAGUUGUUAACGUUAGAAUUAAUAACGGUUAACGUUAGCUCUACCUUGCGAACUUCCAUGGGACAUAGGUGGCAGCAGUGCGGUGAAGGCAGAGUGGCAGCAGAGCUGGCCUAAACAAAAGUCUUCAGUCCGUGGAACCGCACCUGGCUCUUUGGCCCCAAGAACAAACCUUCCGUCAUAGGUGCCUCUGAUAGUGCAUCACUCACAACAAUGGUAACAAGAAUGCACUUAAAGAAUGCCCUGGCAGGAGCAUCACAUAUGAAUGCUUUCACAGACAGUUGAAGUGCUUUGCCUCCAUGAACAAUGCCAUCUUGCUGUAACUGCUGCAACUCCUGGAGAAAGUCACUUAAGUACUCUUCCACUGAAUUUGGUUUAGCAACUCCACAGUAGAUGGCCACAAUGAAAGGAGCAAAGUUGUGAAAGUUGCAGAGUAUGGGACACAUUUGGAAGUUGGAGGAUUUAAAAAGUGGCACACCAUUGUGGGAUAAAUUUUAUAUGUCUCUCAUUGAAUGUUUAGUAUACCUUACAUGUAGUGAAAUCUAAUUGCCAUCACCCUACUCUGACCCUUGUGUCUUUUGCAACUCCUAGGUUAGAAUGUUUGGUUAACUUAACCCUUGUGUCAGCGUAUUUGGGUAACCCCAGGAUGCGGGGUCAUGAACAUUUCUUAUCUUUGUCAAUACACCAGAUGGUUAAGUGGGGUUGUAAACAUUUCGUUAUCUCUGUUAAAAUACCAGAUGGUUAAGUGAUCACUGGAGGGUGACAACUUGUGAUUUUCCAUGGGUGUGGGGUAAGGGUAUAAGAGUUGGCUUCACCCACAGAUGUGUGGGCUUGUUACUUUGACAUUUCAUGUGGGUAACAUGCUCCCGGCGUCGUGAAUAAAGCUGCAGUCUCACACCAGUUGUCUUGGAUUAAUUUUGACCACAUUAAUGGCGACGAGGAUGGGAUUACCUAUUCCUGAGGCAUAGCGAGGAGGACCAACGGCGCAGGACCCAACAAAGUUGCAACUGAGGGAGAUCUCUUUGUGAUCUUGGGAGAAGGCCGUCACCAGCACCAAACACUGCUUCGCGGCACCCAGCCUGGCCAGAGGGAAUCCUCCUGUGUCUCGGAUACGGUAACGACCAUAUUCGGUGGUCACAGACAACGUGGUGGUGGCGUCGGCACUACCACAAAGUUUCCAAAGGACACACCCAGUGGAGCCAGGCGCCUGGGUACUCAUAAAGGAUUUAAGGAGAAGACACUGGAAUGAAGAACGAUGGAGAGGGCCGUUUGAAGUAAUAUUAUCUACACCUACAGCCGUAAGGAUUGCGGAAAGAGACACUUGGGUCCAUUUGUCACACUGUAGAGUGGUGAAGAAUCCGGAACAAUACAUGGACUGAACUGAGUAUCAUAACCAACACGUGGUUGCACGAGAGGAUUGACAAACACAUUUUUUGCAAUAGGCUGAAGAAUACAUACUUUGAAGAGGAUUAAUAAAAUAUCACUAGCAUCAUAUAAGAAUAUUCUUUCUCAGUUUAGCUAGAUAAACGUUACAAGUUUGUUGUUUUGAUUUAAUUUUAUUUGGACAGUAACCUGAGGAGGGACUAAACCACCCAAGUCAGCUCUGCUGUUGAAGACUAGGAUUAGGUUUUAUUUUAGUUUUGAAUAACUGAGAAGACGAGAUGUUGGUGAUUGUUGUGCUUAUUCUUCAUCUAAGGGUUAUAACUUCCUCCCUUAAGGAUGAAGUGUGUGGUAACAAUAAAGUAUGUGAGUUAGCCUUUCGUGCCAAAACAACAUUAACAGGAAAUAAUGACACAUGUUGGGUAUGCCAAGACAAAUCUUUUCAGGUGCGAGUAUUUCCAUAUCGCACUUUACAGGACUCUGUAUGUGCAGCCGCCAGACUAUGUACUAGCCCUAAAUGUCUUUCAGAAGUAGGGUUAGAAAACAUAGAGAAAUUCUUGCAUGGCUCAUCCUUGAAUGUUAUGUUGACCUUAAUGGAUUCAGUGUGGUUAAAUGAAACAGGAGAGUGGUCAAAAAGAAAAUUAGGGUGGAUUAACUCUGAGGCAAAUGCAAAGUAUAAAGACUAUUGGCCUGUGUCAAUCACAAAAGGACAAGCAAUACCUCAAGCAGCAAAACCUUAUACCGUUUGUAAUAAUAGUGGAUUUCCUUUGAGAGUAUCUGGAUGGAACUUAGAAACUAUGCAGGUGCCUGCUACUAAAGGUUUUGUGUGUUUGUCUGUUAGGUCCUCUGGCAAAGAUAAAAUGAUAAGGAAACAAUUAGGACAUAGUAAAUGCCAAUAUUAUCUCAAAGCAAAUUAUGAUCAACUUAAUUCGGCUGAUAGCCAAAGUGAACAUGGGAUUUGGCUGGGAGGGAACUAUUUUCCACUCAUAAGGUAUAGCAGUGUUCCAAGUCCAAACUUCAAUUUUGCGCUUCCCAUGGGCAUGUAUUGGGUGUGUGGUAAAAUGGCAUAUUCAUACUGGCCUCCUAAUGCUGUAGGAACCUGUUACAUAGCUGCUAUUGCUCCUACAAUGUGGAUUUUACAUGGAAAAUAUUCUAAUCAAAACCAAUCUACUAGAUUUACCCAUAGAGAGAAAAGAGAGAUGACUUAUACAUCAGGAGGUAUGAGUAACUGGAAAGGAUAUGUUAUAGCAGACCCAUGGACAGGACAAGGAGCUACUGUGGGUUGGACUUUUUCUCUCUGGGGUGGUGUAGUAGCAGCUUUACAAAAAAUUAAUGGACUAGCUUAUCACCUGCAAAGUGUAGCGAAUGAAACAGCAGCAGCUCUUUCGAUGCUGAAUGAGGAAGUAAAAUAUAUGCGAACUGAGCCAGUAGCCCAUAGAAUGGCCCUAGAUAUGUUGUUAGCAGAGCAAGGGGGUUUGUGUCAGGUUGUUGAGACCUCAUGUUGCUUCUUAGUGCCAGAUGAGUACAACAAUAUCACCCAAUAUAUUGAAGACAUCCAAAAAGCUGUGCCAGAUCCACCUCCCCUUACUGCUUUUUAUAUGUUUCUGGAGGACUUUGAGAAAAGAUUUGGUACAACUGCCUCAAACAUCCUGAUGGGAAUGUUACGAAUUGGAUUACCAUUCCUUGUCCCUGUGGUGGUUGUCCUUAUAGUACUUCUUAUAGGAAAGUUCACAUUAGCUUGUAUAUUUAGAGCUCUAAACAGACAGACCACAGUGACAAAUUAUGUAUCGGUUACUGCGACUGGAAUGUAUGAAGACAUCUUCCCAUUUAGGGAAACACCAGAUAUUGAGAUAGAGGAAACAUGUUAGUAAAAGAAGUGUACAAAGUAGUCUGACCCGAUGUACCUGGUUUAAAUGAUGAUGAUGUAACUGUGUUUUUCAUUUUCUGUUUUCCCUUUGUAAUUUAGAUUUAGAACUGCAAUAAUCUAAUUAAUUGUUAGAAGUGACUUUUAAUCAUUGUUUGGUAGGUUUAAAUAUAAUGUUGAUCAGACUAGUUGUGUUAGUAUAUACACAUGUAGAGUACUGUAUUAAACAUGUAGCUUUACAGCUCCACAGGGGGGAAUAUGUGGGAUAAAUUUUAUAUGUCUCUCAUUGAAUGUUUAGUAUACCUUACAUACAUGUAGUGAAAUCUAAUUGCCAUCACCCUACUCUGACCCAUGUGUCUUUUGCAACUCCUAAGUUAGAAUGUUUGGUUAACUUAACCCUUGUGUCAGCGUAUUUGGGUAACCCCAGGAUGCGGGGUCAUGAACAUUUCUUAUCUUUGUCAAUACACCAGAUGGUUAAGUGGGGUUGUAAACAUUUCGUAUCUCUGUUAAAAUA